CUCCCACCCUGGGCUGCGGCAGACUUGGGAUAGACUUUCCCUAGGCUGCAGCGGACCUGGAUUAUAUUUUUACCCUGGGCUCCGGAAAACAUAAGACUGUUAAACUGCUCAAUUACAGCUGGGUUAGACUCCCACCAAGGGUUCCAAGAUACCUGCGUUAUAUCUGGGGUUAAACUCUGAACCUUGGUUCUAGGAGAUGUGUGUUAUAUUCCGAGCCUGAGGUCCAGCAGAACUGCCUCUCGACUCCAAUCCUAGUCUCAAGCAAGGCCUGAGCUAAACGAACAAACUCCCAACCCCCCGCCCGCACUACGGACGGGGAGAGAGGGCCAGGCUUCAAGUUAUGAAACGCACACGGCGGGGACUGCAGAAGUAUUAGCAGCAGGAGGAGGAGGUGUGAGCUGAACUCUGUCCCACUGUGCAGGAGGAGGCCUCCUCUCCUGGACCGAGCCGGGACCGAUCUGACGACUUCUGCGAUGGACUCGUCCGGGGACGGUUUUCUGGGCAGUGACCAACCCAAUGCAGACUUCCGGAGUGGCACGACAGGGCAAGCCGGGGCUGGCAUGGCCAGGGAAGACCCAACCCUCAGCAGCUCGGCUCUGUCAGAUGUGGAAACGGAAGAGCUGCGUGAAGAGCUGGCUAAGGUGGAGGAGGAGAUAGCCACAUUGAAGCAGGUUCUUGCAGCGAAGGAGCAUCACCUGGCUGAGAUCAAGCAAAAGCUGGGGAUCGGAACCAUCACGGAACUGAAGGCAAACCUGAGCAAGGGGUGGCAAGACGUGACAUCUUCAUCUGCUUACAAGAAAACCUCGGAGACGCUGGUGCACGCUGGCCAGAAGACGACGGCAGCCAUCUCUUCCGUGGGCUCGGUGCUGAGCCGCACGUUGGGCGACGUCAAGAACUCUCCUACUUUCAAAUCUUUCGAGGAACGAGUGGGAAGCACCGUGACCGGCUUGAAGACCCGUGUUUCCACGCGCCGAUCCGGAAGUUUUGAAGAAGUUCUGAGCUCCACGGCAAGUGCCAGUGCCAAGCCUGACCCUGAAGAGAAAGUCCCACUGUGAGACGUGCAUGGCUGUACAAAAACAAAGCUCGCGCUUAUCCGCAUACGUACGCAAAUACUUGCUCAACGUGACACACACCUACGCUUGUACUCCAACAUACACGAGUAUGGUACACGUGCAUAUGCCCACUUACAUGCCUGCAUGGAAAUCGCAAGUGCCAAAGUUGGUGUGGAUAAACGAGUGCCACCGUGAGAAUACCCCACAGAUGCGCACACACAUUCACUCCUGCUGCCAGGCACACUUGGUGACAAACAGAUGGGAGUCCAGGCAAAUGGUCUCCACGCAUCAGCGUGAGACAUGGCUCGUGUGUUCAAGUGGUGCCUGUAGCCGCCCGUGCCUUACCGCAACUCGCGUGAGCUCUUUUGCUGUGUCAAAUGUGCCAUGUGGCUGCCAUCACUUGCAAAACAGUGGCAGAGUAUGAGAUCGUGAUGUGCAUGCACCAGUAUAGCUGCCAUAUUGCUGUGUAGAAUAUGCCACGUGCUUAUUUUCAAAGUACCUUUCAUAAAUUGCCAUAUGAGCUACAUAAGACAGUUAUUUUCUUCAAAUACAUGCACAUUGAAAUGAAUACCCAUCGCAAAUGCCUGUUACUGUAGUAUGUUGUAUUAACCCUUGAUAACCCCAUGUGCAUGAAGCUUAAGAGGAAAAUGUCUUAAGUAUUUUCGUUUCUGAACAGGUUUCCAAUUGAUUAAAAACUUUCUGGCUUGCUUGAAAACUAAAAGCGAUUAACUUUUUGCUAUUUGCAGCUUUACAUUAGAAUAUUGGUGUGUGCACCAGCUCGCUUGCCAGCUCCAGCUCUGAAGCCAUUGAGACUAAAGAUGCUGUUUUACAUUUCAACACUGGCGACGCUUUUACUGUGUCGUGGGUUUUAUCAAUACGAGGAUGGUUGGAGGCGACGAAGUUUAAAAUAUUCCUGAUAAAUUUCUGGGGCUGGUUGCAUAAAAUAUCUGAUGUUAUUUUCUUUACACUCAUACCUCUUUCGUUGCCAAAUUAAAGGAAACAUCUAAGCAAGUGUUUCUAUGUGACCAGCCCCAUUUUCCAGACUUCCAAAGUACGUUAUGUAACGCAGGUGCGGCUGUCCAGUAGGUUCCGCAGUUGAUACUGCACAACCUGUUUGUGUCUUGCAUCUCAUAAGCGCGGCCUGUGUGAAUGGGCUGUGUGGAAGCUCUGCUCUUACUCCCCACUGUGUGUUGCGACGUGUGUGCGUCGCCAGUUUGUACUUGGGUGCAUUUAGCGACCAUUUUAUUAGCACUGUGGGAGGUAAACCCCUUUUUAUCUAAGAACGUACAUCCGUGUCAAGUUAAUGUGGUGAGGAGUAGGGCACUACAGAGUGUGAACUCGGUGCCUUAUUCGGUUUCGAUAUUUGCCAAAGGCCAGGGCGACCCCAUUGGAGUCUGUGGUUCGACGAGCGAGUGGCCGGCGUUGUGCAGAUUGUGCCUUAGCUAUGCUGUACAGGUUGUUGUAUUGUGGCCCGUGUCACGCCAUCUCCACAGUCUUCACGUGUUGUCUUCCCAUCGCUGGGCUUCACUUAAGAAAAUGUUAUGCGGUUGGGAAGCAACAAAGAGCAUUAGAGUAUGAAAUAAAUAUUGAGCUUAAAACUG